AUGGCCCAGCAAAGUGCUGCCCUGCUCCUGCUCCUGUGUCUCCUGCCAGCCCUGCCGGCGGCCGUGCAGAUCAGCGCGAGGGGCCGGGAGGUGCUGUACCUGGCCAAAGGGGAGUCAGUGAAGCUGGGCUGCCCCUACACCCUUGAGCCUGAGGACAAUGGCUCCGGUGCCGUGGGCAUCGAGUGGAUCCAGCUGAGCCCAGACACAGUGCACCCAGACAGUGUGUUCCUGACCUACCAGGACCAGCAGGUGAGGUACCCGGGCACCCCGGGCCUGCAGCACAGGGUGGCGUUUGUGCAGAAGGACCCGAGCCAGCACGACGCCUCCAUCCAGAUGGCGAACCUGCAGGUGUCAGACACGGCCACCUACCAGUGCCGGGUGAGGAAGCACACGCUGGCCACUCACGAGGUCACCAUCACCGUGCAAGAGAAGCCAGUGACCCCGCAGUGCUGGACAGAGGGGGAGCAGGUCGAGGGCAGCAAUGUUGUCCUGAAAUGCUACUGCCAGGGCGGCUCCGCUCCCCUCUCCUACCAGUGGUCCAGAGUGGAGGAGGACUUUGCUGCGGGGGAGCUGCCCCUGGGCACAGGGCAGGGGCACAUCCCCGGGGAGCUGUACAUCCACAGCCUGUCGCAGCAGCAUGCCGGGAUCUACCAGUGCCGCGUGGCCAACAGGGUGGGCUACUCCCAGUGCCGCGUGACCAUCUCCGUCGGCUCAGGUGCAGCUCGGGUGGGGGUCAUUGUGGGCUCCAUCCUGGGGUCCCUCCUCUUCCUGAUCCUGCUCAUCCUGCUCAUCUGGGGCUUGCUGUGGUGCCACAGACGGAGGUGCUGCUGGCGGGAGGUGCCUGGGGACAGCAGGAACAGUGCUAGUGCCACCCCGGGCAGAGCCAGCCCCCAGCAUCACUCCGUCAGCUAUCUGCAGUGCCAGCAGUGUGAGCAGGGUGACCUUGGUCCCUGCCCUGUCCAUGCACUGGGGCACUAG